GCUAGUGCCGACUGCACCCCAGUGGCGACCCAUCCCAACCAGGGAGCAGCGCCGGUGCCGGCUACACCCCAGCAGCCACCCACGCCGGCGAGCAGGCAGACAGCGGUGGAGUGAGCGGUCGAGUCGCGUGCUCCGCCCGGCAAGCACCUUUGCGUACCGCCGCCGCCGCCAAGAGUUCACCACAGACUCCCCACGUCCGAAGCCUCCCUGCCGCGGUUGCCCGUCGUCGCCGUGCCUGCGCAGCGCAGUCUGACGCCAUGGAUGACGUGCUGAAGGCCAAGCUGGUGGCGCUGGCCGUGCUGGGCCUGGGAUCGCUGCUGGCCGGCUGCCUGCCGAUGACGGCGCUGGCCGUGCUACGGCGUGGCAAGCGCGGCCACCAGGCGGCGCUUCGGGUCUCCCCCGACCACCCCAUCUUCUCGUUCUUCCUCUGCUUCGGCGCCGGCGUGCUGCUGUCGACGCUGCUCUGCCACAUGGUGCCCGAGAGCCUGGAAAGCUGGAGCGACAUCCAAAGCAACGAUUCCGUGGUCGCCAACGACGUGCCGCUGCCCAGCAUCCUCAUCGGCGUCGGCUUCUUCCUGGUGUACCUGCUGGAGGAGGUGGCGCAUAAGCUGCUGCACGGCGCGCAGCCGCGCGCGGCCGCGCGCGUGCAGCCGGACGUGGCGCUGGUGUCGACGCCAGCGAAGCUGGCUGAUCCCGGUGACGGCGGACUGGACGCCGGAGCACUAGAGGUGCAGCACGGCCACGACGGCCACGCUGGCUCCGGUGAGGACCACGUGCACGGCACUGGAGGCGACGAGGGGCACUCGCACGGCGCCGCCAUCGCCAGCGCGCAUGGCGGCACGCUGGUCACGAUGCUGCUGCUGGUGGCGCUCUCCUUCCACGCAGUCCUCGAAGGUAUUGCCGUUGGCGCAGAGGAGAAUACCUCCAACGUCUACCUCAUGCUAGCCGCCGUCAGCAGCCACAAGUUCAUCCUGGUGUUCAUCCUCGGCCUGGAGAUGCUGACGUCUUCGCUGCGGCCGGUGGCACAGGUCGCCUGCGUGCUUGUGUUCACCGUCGCCACCAUGCUCGGCAUCGGCAUCGGUAUCGGCGUACUGCAGCUGGAAGUGACAGGCCUGGCGCACGACGUGUCGCUGAUGGUGAUGCAGACGCUGGCGUCCGGCACGCUCAUGUACGUCUGCUUCAUGGAGGUGCUGACGCGCGAACGCAGCCGUCAGGGUCACGCCAUGGCGCGCUUCGCCUGCACGGCUGCCGGCUUUGUGCUUAUCGCCAUCCUGGUCAGCCUGGUCACCGAGCCGGAGGAGGAUGAGGGGGCGGAGGACCACCGGGUCCGGAUCUGGUGAGACGCCGUUGUCACCCCGAUCUGCACGCCGGCGGAGGGGAGAAGGGAGACACCGCUGCUGCCUAGUAUCCGACGUGAAGAAAGGCUGAACUUAAGGCGGCGCUGGUCAGCGGAGGUGCUCGGCCCAAAGUCGUGUCUUCAAGGCACCUAGCAGCACCUUGUCUCGGCGAGUUAUGUACCGCAAUGUGGGGCUGGCCGGACAGAGCGGACAGUGGCUGUCAAGGGGUGACUGUAUGGCCACUGGAAUACUUUGCUGUAAGAAAUGUAUACCCAUGUAGUGAAUGUCAGAUGUGCAAUCAUCCAACCUUGACCAACAAGCGUGUAGCAACGUCAGAUAGCAUUUUGUCGUGCGUCAGCCAGGGCUCCUGCGUAUGAAUGGACCGUAUCAUCCCAAUGCUCCCGGCAAUCUUGUCCGCACGUUCGAGUAAAUCUGCCACAACUUUGAUGUUAACCGCUCACACACUUCACAAUCUGGAGGACUGAACGCUUUUUAGGAGAGUAAUCACGAAUUGUUGUUAACGAAAACGUUUUCACACAUGGUUUCUGAUCGAUAGAAACGAUGGGGGUUACCAAUGUUCGACCCUGCGGGCUCAGAUGUGUGUGCGCUGGCUAACCGCUCUCUGCGACGCGCUACAUGUACCGGCGUGUAAACCUGCCCAGCAUAUGAUCACAUACGAUGUAUAUAUUAUAUUACGACACUGGCUGAAUUACCGCUUUUGUUACGUAUAUUACCACAGACCAUCACAGUGGCUGCGACGAUUAUGCUGUGGGCUCAAAGCAGUUUUGCUGUAAAGUGUGAGCAAUAU